UCAAAAAUUCAAAUUCUAGCGUUUUCUUUUCUUUUUGAUCGAUGCAGAUUGCUGAUUUAUUUCUAGUUUUUGAAUAAAAGCAAGUCACCAACUGCUUCGGAGUAUCUACACGAUUUACGAUUUAUAAAUUUCGAAAGAGGUGAACCGAUCUUUUAUUAGUCUUAUCGAGUUUAAACACUGUAGAAAAAUGCAAAUCGUAUGUUCGAUUUGUCGCGAUGCAUUCACCGGCGCAGAUAACGAAACUAUUUAUACUACCUCCUGUGGUCACGUUUUCCACCAUCGAUGUCUCGUUCAGUGGAUGCAAAGAUCAAAAACAUGCCCUCAUUGUCGAAUGAAUUUAACGAAUAAGAAUAUGUUCAAGUUGAAUUUAUACUUCGAAGGCACAGCAGGCCCCAGAAAUGGAUUAGAAAACGCCCAACAACAAACUCAGCAAUUUGAACAAGCUAUGAAGAAUAUCGACAUGAGGCAGCUCAGAGAGAGUGCUAGAAUCGCAACUGAACAAAGUAAAGGAUUAAGACUUCAAGUUAGAAAGCUAGAAGAUGAAUUGAAAGCUGUUAAAAGUAGAGAAUGCGAUUUACUGGGAAAGAUCCGAAAUUUAGAGCAAGAAGUGAGAUCAGAACGUCAAAAAAAUCUACAUUUUGGGGGUUCAAAUCAAGGUGCUGAUGAUGAUGUGAUACAUUUAUUAGAUGACUCCGAUCCCGAACUUUUAUUAGAUAUUGAUGCAAAUUUACAACAAAUGAGAAGAAAUCGAGAACAAGAACCGGAAGUAAUCGAUUUAGAUGAUACCGAAAUGAUGAAUCGUAACGAACCAAACCAAGAAAUACAAGAUCUCAAAAGCCAAAUCGAGAUAAAAGAUGUUAUGUUGGCUUCUGCUCAGGCCAGAAUUACCGAAUUGGAAAAACAAAAUACUUGGGUGUUGAAUGGAAAUAGAAGUGGGCAUUUCAACUAGUACGUCUCAUUGUGGUAUUUUUAUUUUAUUAUUGUUAAAUUAAGGGAGCGCCCAGAUUGCGAAACGAGUAAUUAGUAAUCAUAAAAGAAGAUCGAAAACGGAUUUUGUUUAGGUUUUUAUUAUGUGAUUGUUUUUUUAUACCUUUUGAUUAGUUUUGUAGUAUCUUAUUUGUGAUUUCUUUCUUUUCUUUGUAUUUAGAUAGAUUCAAUCUUCGUUUUAUGUAUCGUCAAACGUUCCUUUUUUAGCAAACAAUAUUUUAAUUUUAUUAAACGUGAAAUAUUUUCCAUUUUAGAUUAGGAUAUUACGUUCCUUCUUUUUUACUUAUUUUUAAAUAAAGAUCGUAUUUUUUAAAA